AUGCCGGGUCCUGGCGGGAGUCCCUUAAUCGGAAUCGGAACUAGCUUGCCACCAAAGGCCCAUAUCCGCUUUAGAGAAUGGGCUGCUAAGUACGGCGAUGUCUUCAAGUUGAAGGUGGGCUGGUAUAACUGGGUCAUCAUCAACAGCCCGGAAGCGAUGCACGAGAUCCUGAUCAAACAGUCCUCGAGUACUUCAUCCAAAAUGCCUGCUCCUAUUGGUCAUGGUGUAGUUGCCGGUGGCAUGAGGAUGUUUACCUUGCCCUACGGGAACAAAUGGCGCGCCUAUCGUACCAUCUCACACCAACUCCUCUCAAGUACGAUGACAGCCACAUUCCUCCCGUCACAGGAGUAUGAGGCGAAGCAGCUACUCUUCGACCUGGCUACGGACCAGGACGACUUCCUCAUGCAUGUACGCCGUUUUGCUUUUAGCAUCAUGCUAACAAGUACCUACGGCCUGCGCGUGAAGACGUGGGAUGAUGAGGAUGUGCAUCACGCUUUAGAAAGCGCCCGCAUUCUUGGCAAGAUCACUCACGCUGGCGUAUUCAUCGUUGAUGAACUUCCCAUCUUAGCACAUCUUCCCAAGUGGCUCCAGCCAGGGAUGAAGCGGGCCGAGGGAUAUAGGAAGCCGCUACUUGAUGCUAAGAUGAUACUCUGGCGACGACUACAAGAGCAGGUUGCUGCCGGUAAAGCACCGGUUUGCCACGCGCGCGAGAUGAUGGAGAACGACGACGCUUGGCGGAAACAGGGCCUCACGGAUGAGGACGCGGCUUGGGUUGCGGGUGGUAACGUGGAGGCUGGAUCGACGACCACAUCUGUCACGUUGCUAAGCUUGCUACUACACCUUGCGUCAAGUCCCGACGUACAGAAAACAGCUCAUGAAGAGCUUAUGCGCGUCGUAGGACCCGAUCGCACCCCCGUAUUCGAUGACGUAAAGAACCUUCCCUACAUCCGCGCCUGUGUCAAGGAGGUUCUACGCAUGCAUCCUACACCGUUCUGGGGAAUCAAGCACUAUGCCGACGCCGACGUCACCUAUAAGGACUAUGUGAUACCCAAGGGUACCGUAUUGCUAGCCAAUACGAGUACCAUCCACUACGAUCCUUCUCGCUACGAGGAUCCGUUCACUUUCCGUCCGGAGCGUUACCUCGGUCAUCCUAAAUACAGUGCUGACUACGCUAACCAGAGUGACCCGUACAAACGUGAUCACUUCACCUUUGGCGUGGGGAGACGUAUCUGUCCGGGUUCUCGUCUUGCCGAGAACUCCCUGAACAUCGCCUUAUCAAACAUUCUAUGGGCGUUUGAGAUCCGCCCACCCGUCGUUGAUGGGGUGGAGGCCGAAAUGGAUAUAAGCGAUGACGCGUGGGAGAACACGAGUUUCCGCGGGCCGAAACCCUUCAAGGCUCGGUUUGUCCCUCGCGCUGAAAAUAGGUCCAAGCUCGUCCAGGAUCAGUGGCAGCAGGCUAUGAAGGAAGGGUAUGUGCUCAGGGGUAACAAUGUCGAUGUCAAUAGUGUUGUGAUAUACUAG